AUGCCCAGCGUCAGCCCUCCUGUGAUCGUCUUCUCAUACUUCAGUUUCCAAGAGCAAAACCUGCGGCCGGCCUGCGUGGUUCGGCCCUACAACGCCCAAGAUGUGUCGACUAUUGUUGUGACUAUGGCGAGCACCCACCGUGAGUCCGGCGAAAAGUUUGCUAUUCGUAGUAACGGACACAUGCUUUCCGCCGGGGCUGCCAAUAUUCAGGACGGAGUGACCAUUGAUCUCCGUGCCAUGCACGACGUGAAGUUGAGCCAAGAUCUCUCGACAGUGCAGACUGAAUCAGGGACCUCAUGA